AAUAACAUACACGAACAUGCACAAUCGUACACAACAUGCAUAUCUACCGCAUCUGUAUCUAUCUGCAUAUCCGCGGAACGGUGUUUAUGUUAGGUGAUUGUUAAUGAGCAUUGUAGUUUGAAGAAUACGAAGAAAGUUACUCUUCCUGUUAUUUACUGUUUGUGAUCCAUGCGAAACUCAAAAUUGUUUCGAAAUGGAUAUUGGGGAGUUAUUAUCCUAUAAGCCCCCAAAUACCCCAAAGAGAGUCCAGGAUGAUGACAAUGAAGAAGAGGAUUAUGAAAAUGAAUUUGAACGUCAGCGUAAAAUGCGUAAAGUGGCUAAAUCUCGUGCCAGGGAAGCAGAGCUGAUUGAAAGAAUUCAAAAGCCACAGCAUAAGGAACCAGAAGAAACAGUAACAACAGAAAAACCAAUAACAGAUGAGGAGAGAGAAAAGAUUUUGAAACUGGUCGAAAGUGAGGAAGUUGAGGGAGAAGUUUUGGAUGACUCGGCACUUAAACGUCUCAUUCUCCUCUUUGAAAAACGGGCACUCAAAAAUCAGGAGAUGAGAAUAAAAUUCCCAGACAUGCCAGAAAAGUUUAUGGAAUCAGAGGUGGAGUUACAUGAAACAAUACAGGAGAUGCAUGCUGUGGCUACUGUACCAGACCUUUAUCCCAUUAUGGUGGAGCUUCAGUCAGUUCCUUCUCUUCUGGAACUGCUUGCUCAUGAUAAUACAGACAUUGCUGUGGCAGUUGUUGACUUGCUUCAGGAGCUGACGGACGUAGAUAUUCUGCAUGAGAGUGAAGAGGGAGCUAAUAGCCUUAUAGAUGCAUUGCUCAGCCAACAGAUUUGUGCAUUGCUUGUUCAGAACUUGGAGAGGCUAGACGAGACUGUUAAAGAAGAAGCUGAAGGUGUGCAUAACACACUUGCAAUAUUUGAGAACCUAGCAGAAUUCCGGCCUGAUCUAUGUGGAGAUGCAGCAAGACAAGGGCUCCUGCAGUGGUUGCUUAGACGCUUGCGGGUGAAGCUGCCAUUUGACAGCAACAAACUCUAUGCCAGUGAGAUCCUGUCCAUUCUGCUUCAGGAUACGCCUGAUAACCGACAGAUGCUUGGUGACUUGGAGGGCAUCGAUGUAAUUCUGCAACAGUUGGCCUUCUAUAAGCGGCAUGAUCCAACAUCCAAUGAAGAGCAUGAGAUGAUGGAAAAUCUGUUCAACUGUUUGUGUUCCAGUCUUAUGUAUGCUCCCAACAGAGAGCGUUUCUUACGUGGUGAAGGUCUGCAACUCAUGAAUCUGAUGCUCAGAGAGAAGAAGCUGUCACGGAAUGGUUCUCUUAAAGUUUUGGACCAUGCUAUGUCUGGACCGGAUGGGAAAGAAAAUUGUAACAAAUUUGUAGACAUCCUGGGCCUCCGUACCAUAUUCCCAUUAUUUAUGAAAACACCUAAGAAGAAUCGACGACGUAUUUUAACAACAGAAGAACAUGAAGAACAUGUGGUGUCAAUCAUUGCAAGUAUGUUACGGAACUGUCGGGGUCCACAGCGUCAACGUCUUCUUAGCAAAUUCACAGAAAAUGACCAUGAGAAAGUAGAUCGUCUGUUGGAAUUACAUUUUAAAUACCUGGAGAAAGUAGAAGAAGUUGACCUUGAAAUAGAUCGUGAUCGGAGGGAUCUUGAUGAGGGAGAUGAGGAUGCAGAGGAAGAGCGGAACUAUUUGCGUAGGUUAGAAGGAGGACUGUUCACACUACAGCUAGUGGACUACAUUCUUCUUGAAGUUUGUACUGGGGGACCAUCUACCAUAAAGCAACGUGUUACCCAGAUUCUUAACCUGAGGGGCGGCUCACUGAAAACCAUCAGACAUGUCAUGAGAGAAUAUGCAGGAAACUUGGGAGAUGCAGGAGACACUGAAUGGAGAGAACUGGAGCAGCAACACAUUUUGCAACUUGUGGAUAAGUUCUAGACACUGGAGUGAUGUGAAGCUCUGUAAUAUCAGUGCUCAUUAUUCUCAGAAUAUGGAGUCUCUUCUCUGACUUGUGAAGGUUUGUGUAAUUACAGUUUUAAGUGAACCAUUGAAGUUUGGUGUUUAUAUUACUUUCCUCAACCUCUUCAGAAUAUUACAUUUGUUUCAGUAAAAUAUUUUUGUUAAAAUUAGAUGUGAUGGAUCCCAGCCAGUGUGCUGUAUUUAGAACUUCCUUGCUUGUAUACAUUAUGUUUUCAUCAUUGUGUAAUCCCAAUUUUGUUCAGAGUGGACUGGUUUCCUGUCAGUCAUCUGUUCCUCUUAGAUGACUGACCUGUGUAUAGGUCUUUUAAGUCUAUUUACAUGGAAAAUUCUCUAGAUAAAACAGAAGUAAUACAUGUUUUCAGAUAGGAUAAGAAUGAGAUGUAAAGACUGGCAAAAUAGUUUGGAUUGCUGUUGCCAAAUGGUAACGAUUGAAUGAUUGGCACUCUUUCAUAUUGAGAGGUCCCAAGUUCAGAUCUAAGCCUUAUGCUCUUCAUCGCUCCCACCAGGCAAAUGCCAGCCUAGCUCUAGACAUAUAAUGUAAUUGAUAGCAUCACUAAGUAAGCCAAGAAUGAAUAAAUAUACCAGGAGCACUGUCAGUAUAGCGACUGGCUACAGGAUG